AUGAAUCCGACGGAAUUACUUGAUUCUUCCAUUGAAUCAGACGAGGAUAAGAUUCGAAAGAGCUACGAUCAUGAGGACUUGAAAACAUUCCUGGCCAAAUCGACUAUAAAGGAUUACUUUCAACGUGCACUGCAAAUAUCAGAUUGCUAUCAGCUGCUAAGCUAUUUGCAGGCGACUUUGUCCAGAUAUGUUUGGGCAGAUUUUGAUCUGGAAGAGAAGCUUGAUUUAUAUAUUCUGGCCAUAAUGAUGAUGACAUACGAACAGGAUAAUUUUAUAGUCAUUAAUAAACGCUUCACGCUGUUAGAUACUGUCUCCAAUUUAGUAUCUAUUCUUUAUCCAGACCAGAUUGAAUUUAUUGCCAAUGGCUUGUAUAAGAACUUUGUGCAAGGCGUGGGAGCCAAGCGUUUGGAAAAUUUCUUGAAUAUGAAGGCGGCCUUUCCCCGUUUAAUGCUCUCAUCUGGAUCUGGCAGUGGCGUUGCCCUGGCCCUGCUUCUGACCAUCUUGAGCAGAUACACCAAAGUCCCAGCAAGACUGCAAAUGACUGGAAAUGCGCGUAAUGCAUUCGAAAUGGCAAAGUUGGUCAGCUGGCAGCAGCUGGCGAACUCUGAUCAAUACCAUGACAUGUUCAUUCUGAUGCGCUCGUUUUUCCUCGUCAUAAAUAUGUGGAUUAAUCGUCACGAGUUUCUCGAAAGUGAUCUUGGAGAGAAAAUGCGCACAUACUUCCUAACCGUGUGCAAGGUAUUGUGUAAAAAAACCGACAUCGAAUCAGACUUUGCCAUGACGCUGGAGCGAUUCAUUGCCCUCUGCGUUAAUCUGGAAUCACUUUCCCAGAGACCACAGUGUUCCGGAGCGGCCCUUAAUAACGAUGCAGAAUUCACCAGCCUGGGUAGCGGCUGCCGCCGUCGCAACCGCCGCAACCGUCGCAACCGCCGCAACCCUUCCAGAAUCUGGAAUCACUAUCCCAGAGACCACAGUGUUCCGGAGGGGCCCUUAAUAACGAUGCAGAAUUCACCAGCCUGGGUGGCGGCUGCCGCCGUCGCAACCGCCGCAACCACCGCCGCCAGAUAA